AUGCAUAGGAAAGGUACUUAAUAAAAUUUAUUCUAGAAUUAAAUAAAUCCUAAGUAUGUUUUGCCUAUAAAUUUGUAGUCAAAACUUGAAUGGAGUUUUGACAAAGAACUAUGCCAAUUUAAUGGAUUUAUUAUUGAAUGGAAAAAUUAGAAAAAACUAUUUCACAUGUCAGAUGAAAAUUGCAAAAAGCUGAAAUCUCAUAUUGAUGGUAAAAUACUUUAUAAUGAAAUAAAUUCAUAAUAUUUUCCUGUUUAAAUAGUAGGGGAAGGGACUUUUGGGAAAGUAAGUCUGUAAAAUUAAUUUCACUAGGUUAUUAAAGUGGUUAGCCUAUUAGAUGGAAAAGAAUAUGCAUGCAAAGUAAUGAAGUUGGAUAAAAAAUUUUCAAAAAACGUAAUUAAAAAAAAAUAUAAAAUAGGACAUAAUUUAUGAAUUGAUGACUAUGUAAUCAUUGAACCAUGAAAAUAUAAUUAAAAUAAAGGAGGUUUAUUGUUCAUAAUCUCAUUUCUUCAUUAUUAUGGAAUAUUGUAGAGGAGGAACUCUUAGAGAACAUUUAGCUUAUAGAACAUUAAAUUAGGAUUAAAUAGUUAUAAUAAUGAAAGUAAUUUAAAAUAUUUAUCAUAUUUAGUAAAUUUUGAAUGCAGUAAUCUACAUGAAUUCAAAAGGAUACAUUCAUAGAGAUAUAAAACCUGACAAUAUAUUAUUAAGGGAAUAAAAUGAUGUAUCAAAUAUACUUGUAUGUGAUUUUGGAUUUGCAGCAAAAGUUGAAGAUAUAGUAACAAAACAUCCAAAUUGUGGUACUCCUGGUUAUAUGGCUCCUGAAGUUAUAAAAUAUGAUUAAACAAAUCCAUAUAAUGAACAAUGUGAUGUCUUCAGUUGUGGAUCUUUAUUAUAUUCAAUGUAAAUGAAGUUAAUUAAAUAUUUAGAUUGACUGGAUAUAAUCUUGAAAUGUAAAGUGAAGAAAGUGAAAUCUAUAAUAUAGAGGCUUUAGUUUAUGAAGAGAAAUAAUUAACUUAAUGCAAUAAUCAAUUCAAAAAUAUUCUUUUCAAAAUGUUAGACCCAAGUCCUCAUUAAAGGAUAACUGCAAAGGAUGCUCAAAAAUACUUUGAUAAUUUUGAUUCCUUUAUUUUAGAAGAACUCAAUUCUCUAGAUGUAAUUCAAUAAGUUAAGCACAUCUAUAUUUAAAAACAUUAGUUCCACUCAUUUUGA